AACGGUGCCUUAAACGCUUACAAUUGGAAACUUGGGCACGCCAGGUCACCCCAGUGUGCACGUUCUUUGUUGCUCUUUUCUUGUUAUAGCCCCAAGCUCCAAGUUCCGAACUCCACGCUCUCUGCUUCAUUGUACUUUUAUAUUUAAAAAGUUUUUGUUUUCUGGUAUUUUUGCCACCACCCCAUUAAAUAUUAUAUUCCUCCCCAAGCUUCCAACAGUGGUGAAGGGUUGGAGUUUUGGUUCUGAUUCCUUCUUACCCAGUAUCUGCAUCAUAAAUGGCUGCAGUACUGACUACAAACAGAUGCUAUUGGCACAAUGUGGAGUUGAUAAAUCAAGGAAAAGCAACAGACAGUCUUAGUUUCUCAAGCUCAAUUUCAGUUCAUGAAUCCUUUGAGUCCGGGAGACCAACUCGUGCUGAUAAAUUUUUAAGGUUUCAAGUGCAAAUGCGAAAGGCCGAAUCAUCCUCAAGAUCUGGUGUCAAUGGACGGGCUGUGAGAAUGGUACCAGCUAGUGAGGUAGUCAAAAGAACAACCCCAUCCACUAAUAAGAUUGAGAUAGUGAAUGGCAGAAAGCAGGCUGUUAAUGGAGCAAGUCUAGUUAGGAGAAAUCCUACUCCAGCCCUGGUUAAGACACAAAAAUCUAGACCAACUAAAGAACUUCCCCCAAUGGAGGAGCUAAAGGUUUUGCCCUCAGAUGAUGGAUUCAGUUGGGCCAAUGAAAAUUACAAUUCUUGGCAAAGGUCUGCAGAUGUAUGGUCAUUUGUUCUCUCAUUACGAGUGCGUGUUCUGUUGGAUAAUGCAAAAUGGGCAUAUAUAGGAGGCUUCACCGAAGAUAAGCAGAAAAACAGAAGGCGAAAGACUGCCUCAUGGCUCCGGGAGCGUGUACUGCAGCUUGGGCCAACAUUUAUCAAACUUGGACAAUUAUCUUCAACAAGAUCAGAUCUUUUUCCCCGUGAGUUUGUGGACGAGCUUGCCAAGUUACAGGAUAGAGUGCCAGCCUUCUCACCAGCAAAAGCAAUAGGCUUUAUUGAGACUGAACUGGGAGCUCCCAUCAAUGUAUUGUUUAAGGAGUUUGAGGACCGACCAAUUGCUGCUGCUAGUCUUGGUCAGGUUCAUCGUGCUAUCCUGCAUAAUGGAGAGAAAGUAGUCGUGAAAGUUCAAAGACCCGGUCUCAAGAAGCUUUUUGACAUUGAUUUACGAAAUCUGAAGCUAAUUGCAGAGUAUUUCCAGAAAAGUGAAACCCUUGGUGGUCCAACAAGAGACUGGAUUGGUAUAUAUGAAGAAUGUGCCACGAUAUUGUAUCAAGAAAUUGAUUAUAUAAAUGAAGGGAAGAAUGCUGACAGGUUUCGCAGAGACUUUCGCAAUACAAAGUGGGUUCGAGUACCUAUGGUCUUUUGGGAUUAUACUGCCAUGAAGGUGUUGACCUUGGAGUAUGUACCAGGCAUUAAGAUCAAUCGGCUUGAUGUGCUAGAUUCACAGGGUUUUAAUCGUGCUCGAAUUUCCUCACGCGCUAUUGAAGCAUACUUGAUCCAGAUACUCAGAACCGGUUUCUUCCAUGCUGAUCCUCAUCCAGGAAAUCUUGCCAUUGAUGUAGAUGAAACUCUAAUUUAUUAUGACUUUGGCAUGAUGGGAGAUAUUAAAUCUUUCACCCGCGAGAGACUGCUUGAACUUUUCUAUUCUGUAUACGAGAAAGAUGCAAAAAAGGUUAUUCAAUGCCUCAUAGAUCUUGGAGCACUUCAGCCCACUGGAGAUUUGUCGUCGGUAAGGAGAUCCGUCCAAUACUUUUUGGACAACUUGUUGAGCCAGACACCAGAUCAGGCGAAGACUCUUUCUGCAAUUGGGGAGGAUUUAUUUGCAAUAGCACAAGAUCAGCCAUUUCGGUUUCCAUCCACAUUUACUUUUGUCCUAAGGGCGUUCUCAACCCUGGAAGGUAUAGGCUAUACUCUUGAUCCAGAUUUCUCCUUUGUGAAGAUUGCUGCACCUUAUGCCCAGGAACUUUUAGAUUUAAGACAGAAGCAGCGUACUGGGACACAGCUUGUGAACGAAAUAAGGAAACAAGCCGAUGAUGCCAGAAGCUACACCAUGUCCAUGCCAUACAGAGUUCAGCGAAUAGAGGAGUUUGUGAAAGAACUUGAGUCAGGGGAUCUGAAACUCCGAGUCCGGGUGCUUGAGUCAGAAAGAGCUGCUCGAAAAGCGACAAUACUACAAAUGGCGACGAUGUAUACAGUCUUAGGAGGUACCCUGCUUAACCUUGGGGUCACUUUGAGCAGUCAAGGGAGUCAAGCUAUUGCAAACGGAUCGUUCAUCGGUGCAGGAGUCUUUCUCACACUGCUGGCUAGAUCUAUGCAAAGGGUGAAGAAACUUGAGAAAUUUGAGAAGAUGAUCUAAUUUCUAAACCCAAAGCCAGCCCAGAACCCAUCUAGCCUUCGCAGUAUAGCUUAUACCCAAUUUCCACAUUCAGUCGCAUAAUUCUUCAUUAAAUCUUAUCUAGUCUGAUUUUUCACACGCAUACACAAGACUUGUACACACAACAUGAAUAAAACUUCUCUCAUAAGAUUGAGCCCUGUAUAUAUGCAUUGCUUUUCGAUACAGACAAUAUUUGGGAUGGGAGUAUUCGAACACAGGAUCUCGGCCAUAGAUAUUCACCCUUAACCACUUGAGGGAAAAGGUAAUGUAAUUGGUGACUUGAGAAUGUUAGUGUGGUGCAUUGAUACCACAGCUACUUUGUA